AUGUCCAGAGUUUCGGCGCCGUCUCUGCCAAUGUACCAUGCCGCAAAUGGCGAUCCCAAGUCUUCACGCCCUGGCUCACCGUACCUGCAACCGCCGGAGGCCCCGAAGAGGAGCGGGACACCUUCGGACCAGCCCAAACAAUCGAUAACAGCCGCGUACUCGAUUCUGUCCCACCAAGAAACCGCGCAAAGAUUGCAAACGUCAGAUACCCACGGUCUGUCCACCUCCGAUGCCUCGGCGCGCAUACACACCCACGGUCGCAACGAGCUUCCGCACGAUGAGCCUGAGCCGCUAUGGCUGCGGUUCGUAAAGCAGUUCAAGGAGACUCUAAUCUUGCUGCUAUUGGGCUCGGCCGCCGUGUCUUUGAUGUUGGGUAAUCUGGAGGAUGCAAUCAGUAUCGCAGCAGCAGUGACAAUCGUUGUUACUGUAGGUUUCGUGCAGGAAUAUCGGUCUGAGAAGUCACUGGAAGCUUUAAACUCGCUGGUACCUCAUUCAGCACACAUCAUACGGGCAGGUCAAGAGCAGUCGCGGGCGAAUGGUACUGCCACAGACGGGAUCGAAUCGGACGAAUUGAAAGAUACAACAGCGGCGUUGGCGGCAGCCGAAAGGAAAUCGACCACCAUAUCCGCGGCAUUGCUAGUACCGGGCGAUCUGGUCCUUUUCCACACUGGCGACCGCGUUCCGGCCGAUAUUCGAAUCACCCAUGCAGCAGACCUAUCGAUCGACGAGUCGAACUUGACGGGAGAGAACGAGCCAGUCGGCAAGACUCCAGACACCAUCACCCCAGCACCAGGGGUGCAGCGUGCGCCCUCGCCUUUCUAUGCCUCUGAAGGAGCGGGGACUGUUGGCGCUGACAUUCGGUUGAAUGACCAGAAGAACAUCGCGUUCAUGGGCACUUUGGUUCGAUCAGGAUAUGGGCAGGGUAUCGUCAUUGGCACAGGAGGCAAUACAGAGUUUGGUGCUAUCUCCGCAUCGCUGCAAGAGAUUGAGAGCCCACGGACACCGCUACAGCUUUCCAUGGACCAACUCGGCAAAGAUCUCAGUUACAUGUCGUUCGUCGUGAUCGCCUUCAUCGGUCUCGUAGGACUAUGGAGAGGCUGGAAGUUUCUGGAGGUCUUCCAGAUUGGCGUCUCACUUGCGGUCGCUGCUAUCCCAGAAGGACUCCCAAUUAUCGUCACCGUCACGCUCGCACUGGGUGUGUUGAGGAUGUCAAAACGAGAUGCGAUCGUGCGACGCCUCCCUAGUGUCGAGACAUUGGCAUCAGUGAACGUGGUCUGCACUGACAAGACCGGCACUCUUACAACAAACCACAUGACAGUCACAAAGUUGUGGCACUUCGACGAGGCAGCCCCAAUAGAUGUCAAGAAGAAGCACGACACCGAGAACCUCGACUCCCCAACCCGGAACAUUUUGCGAAUUGGCAACAUUGUCAACAACGCCCGACUCUUGAGCGAUGAAGCUGCGUCUGCAUCGACAGCUGCGGUUCUAUCAUCAACCAUGGGUGACGAUAAUUCGUUGGCAAAGAGCCGAUGGGUCGGUCAGCCUACAGACGUUGCACUGUUAGACCUUCUCGAUGCUUUUGUAGAGGACGAUGUUCGAGAAAGACUGGGUGCACGCAAGUUCGAGACUCCAUUCAGCUCCGAGAGGAAAUGGAUGGGUGUUGUCAUCAGCGGAAGUUCAGGCUCGGACGUGUCUUACAUCAAGGGUGCAAUCGAAAGGGUACUCGAUCGAUGCGACACAUACGUCAAUGCCCAAGGAAAGGAAGUCAAUCUCGACCAAUCGCGAAGACAAGAAGUUUUGAAUGCUGCCGACUCCAUGGCACAAGAAGGCUUACGAGUACUUGGCUUUGCAAGUGGACCUGCACGUAAGAAGUCGAGCAGUGGCACCUCAACGCCAGCUGCUUCUUCAGCGUCUGCAAUGGGUGACGACGAACACUACCGUGGCUUGGUCUUUGCCGGUCUUGUAGGCAUGAGCGACCCACCGCGCAAAGGUGUGGAGAAAGCCAUUCGACGUUUGAUGGCCGGCAAAGUCAAGGUCAUCAUGAUCACAGGUGAUGCAGAGACCACAGCAGUGGCCAUUGGCAAGAAUUUAGGCAUGCCGGUUAACCCCAACUCCGCCUUUGGACGCUCCGUCAUCCGUGGUGAUGAACUGGAUCAGAUGAGUGAAGAAGAGCUUUCACAGGCGAUAGCUACGACCUCGAUCUUUGCACGUACCAGCCCCGAACACAAAAUGAAGAUCAUCCGUGCGCUCCAAGCCCGAGGCGACGUUGUGGCCAUGACCGGUGACGGCGUCAACGACGCUCCUGCUCUGAAGAAGGCUGAUAUUGGUAUCUCCAUGGGCAAGCUUGGUACAGAUGUCGCCAAAGAGGCUGCCGAUAUGAUUCUCACAGACGACAACUUUGCUACGAUUCUGAAUGCCAUGGAAGAGGGCAAGGGCAUCUUCUACAACAUCCAGAACUUCCUCACCUUCCAGCUGAGCACCAGUGCGGCGGCGUUGAGCUUGGUGUUGCUGAGUACCUUCCUUGGCUUCCAAAACCCGCUCAACGCCAUGCAGAUUCUAUGGAUCAACAUUCUCAUGGACGGGCCACCUGCACAGUCUCUCGGUGUCGAGCCUGUUGAUCCUGCUGUCAUGGCUUUACCACCUCGACCUCGACACGCGCGUGUUCUCACACGCAAACUCAUCCAGCGCGUUCUGCAAUCUGCAACGAUCAUCAUGCUCGGCACAUUGACAACCUACUAUCGCGAGAUGACGAUCGACAACGAGGUCACCGCACGCGACACAACCAUGACUUUCACCUGCUUUGUCCUCUUCGACAUGUUCAAUGCCUUCACCUGCCGCUCAUCCACGAAGUCAGUGCUUGCUGGCGAGGUCGGUGUCUUCGAUAAUAAGAUGUUCAACUAUGCCGUCUCUGGGUCAUUGAUCGGGCAGCUUCUUGUCAUCUAUUUCCCGCCACUCCAACACGUCUUCCAGACGGAGGCGUUGGGGCUGCUCGAUUUGUUGCACCUCGUCGCGGUCGCAAGCUGUGUGUUCUGGGCAGACGAAGGACGGAAAGCGUACUUGAGGUAUCAGGCGAGAAGAGGGUACGGUGGUGGAUACAGUACCGUUGUAUGA